AAACUCAGCUGAAAGUUGUCAAAUCUCAGAAGUUUCCAACUAUAGCAUAGCAGACGUGGCAUCUUGUAAUUGGCUGAACCGACUAAUAUUUAGGGCACAGCGCAUUCUUCAACGCAGCACAAAACCCAAAUUACAUCUCUUACAACUAGCAUCGAUUUCGCGCUCUAACAAGUUCUCUCCGAGUACGGAAUUUCAAAACCCUUUGUUUAUUGGUCACGAUGAACGAGUCUCCGCGUAAAGAUCUACAAGUCUUCGAUUUCAAUGAACAAGAUCAGAUUAACACCGAUAAUCACCUUUUCAACAAAAUCCCUAAUCACGAUGCUCAGAUCAACGAGGUUGGCGUCAAGAAUGUCCCCAGUAUUCCUUAUGUUGACAUUGGUGUAGAUUUGGAAACAGGUUGUUCAAACCCCUCUUUCAAAACAAUGGAAGAUACAUUUGAUAGCAGAGUGGAGAAUUCUGAGUUAGGAGAUGGCAAACAAUCAAACUCCAAUAGUCAGGAAAAUCAACGUCAUUUUAAAAUAGAUGUUGAUUACUAUGACCGGCCAGAGAAUAGGGAUACUAGUGGUUGUGCAUCUACACCUGAGACGAGCCAAAUUGGUCCUUCAGGGUCUCCAUCCAGUAAAGAAUCUGUUGAUGUUAGUUCUGAUGCUGAUGAUUGCAUGAACUAUGAGAGUGCUCCAACAAAUGCUGAUUCUGAUAUUGCAGAGAAUGGUGUAUUUCAUCUUUCAUUGAAUGGUUGUGGAUUGGAUGGUGCACAUGCAUCUGACAUGGAUAACAUGAAUACAGAUGUUGUUCUCUAUCCUGAUUAUAUAAUUUACCAGGAUAAUUAUUAUAUGGAGCCAAUGUUAACUUUUUCACAUCGCUGCAUCAAUAUCAAUGUUUCAACUGCAUGUAUGAAGCAAGAGGCCUUUAAUCUUGAAUGGGGACUUGAUGACCUCGUUGAUAUUAAGUGUCAGUGGUUUCAAAAUAGUGGAACGGUCAUCAUAAAGAUUAAUGUAAUAUCAAGGAAUGCAAUUCAGAUAGAUCAUGUAAGCAACACUUCAGGCAUUGAGGAAUUGGAGAUUGCAGUUGUUGAUUCCAAUUGGUCCCUGAUACAUAGACAGAUCACAUCUCUUAAUGUGAAAUACUUGGCUAUUUGGAAAAUGAUGCUUAAUAUGGAUGUAGAAGAUAGCGAAACGAAAUCGAGUGGAUCAAGAGGCUACUUUCCUAAUUUCGAGGAGUCUUUUGAUGAAGUUGUCUAUCCUAAAGGGGAUCCAGAUGCUGUUUCACUAAGCAAGAGAGACUUUGAUCUAUUACAACCAGACACAUUCAUUAAUGACACAAUAAUUGACUUUUACAUCCAGCAUCUGAAGAAUCAGAUACAAGAGGAGGAAAAACCUAGAUUUCAUUUUUUUAAUAGUUUCUUCUUUAGAAAGCUGGCUGAUUUGGACAAAAAUCCAUCUAGUGCUUCAGAUGGAAAAGCAGCGUUUCUACGUGUUCGUAAAUGGACAAGAAAAGUUAGUUUAUUUGAAAAGGAUUACAUCUUCAUUCCUGUGAACUUCAAUCUUCAUUGGAGUUUAAUAGUCAUAUGUCAUCCUGGUGAAUUGGUUAAUUUUAAUGAUAAAGAGUUGGGCAACUCGCUUAAGGUACCGUGUAUAUUACAUAUGGAUUCUAUAAAAGGAAAUCACAGUGGUCUGAAAAACCUGCUGCAAAGUUACUUGUGGGAAGAAUGGAAAGAGAGACAUAAAGAUGCAUGUGAAGAUCUUUCAGCACGAUUUUCAAAUUUGCGUUUUCUCCCCCUUGCGUUGCCACAGCAAGAAAACUCAUUUGAUUGUGGACUCUUUCUGCUGCACUACCUAGAGCUCUUCCUUGCUGAAGCUCCUCUUACUUUCAAUCCAUUCAAAGUAACCAAGUUUUCCAAUUUCCUCAAUGUGGACUGGUUUCUGCCUGCUGAAGCUUAUCUCAAGCGAACACUGAUCCAGAAGUUGAUCUCUGAACUUGUCGAAAACCACGGUUCACAUGAAAUCUCGUCCUCCGACUGUAGUGAUGACCACCAGUACAUAGAAAAUAAUGAGAAUGGAACUGGCUUUGAGCAACCCGAAGUCAACAGGGAGUCAAAAACUUCCCUUGGUGGGCAGGGAAUAGAAAUGACUCUAUUGUCUGGAUCAUCCUCUUUGGAUCCUCAAUCUUUUAACAACUCAGGAAUGGUUCUUAAGGAUCUUUUUGAGUCAGGUGCUACAGGAGCAACAUUGGCACAGUGCCAUUCUUUUGGCCAGCGAUCAUCUGAUUAUCGUUUCAACAGUUCAAUAUUUUCGAUGGAGGAAGACACAGAUCUUGGUGAACAAUUUAUGUAUUUGGCCACAGACACCAACUUUGCACAAGUGGCUGAAGUUACACCAACUUUGCCUUGCCUUCCUAGGGAUUGUGGAAAUGGGACUCGCAUACCAGAAUUCUGUCUGCAAGAGGCUCUAUCAUCUCCAAGUAGUGCCUCGGAGGAUACAGAAGACAUAGGGGUCACUGAAAAUUGUCCCGACAAUGGGAAUGAACCCAUGGCAUCUAAUGAGGCAGAACAAGGUGAACAAAUUUGUUCACCCAUAGAAAAUACCGAGCAUUUUAUAGAUAUUUCUGGUUCUGCUAGCAACGAUGUCGUGGGAGUUUCUCACGACUCCAUUAUGAAAUGUGAUGAUUACAAAAAUGGAGAUAUUCACUCUCCCUGUCAGGAAACUCCUACAAUAGCAUGGCAUCAAGUUUCUGAUGCAGUGGAUGAGGAGGCCAAAUGUGAUGAUGGUCAGAUGAUUGAUGGCACAGAAGCUAAUAUUUGUGAGGAACAAGCUGCAAAGAGGAGGCGGGUUAUGCCUCCUCAGUCAGAAGUGAGGGAAUUGUGACAGAAUCAUAUUUGUAGAUAGUUUUAAAAUUGUUCGUUUUACUCUUGUAAUAUAUGCAUAGAGUUGGUGCUUUUUAGGUUGGAAAAGUAUCUGCAAUUUUAGAUACUACUAUUUGGUAUUUCAAUAGUGGUAUUUUAAUUUUAUUUUUAUGAAAACCUUCAAAUUCAUUAUCAUUUCUUCA